AUGCCUCACGCAGAGCCAAAAAAGAUGGGUGAAAACGCUGUCAACGGCGAGAAGGUCCACUCGCACUUCCUGGACCAUCUUACAUCCUACCCCGUCGUCUCCGACUCCAUCACCGUCUUCAAGAGCAACAAGUACGGCGCCAAGUCCAUAGAGUACGCCGAUCAGAGCUAUGACCGCAUCGCUAAGCCCUUCCUGCCCUACUUCUCCAAACCCUACGGCUACAUCGCCCCCUACCUGGCCCGCGCAGACUCCCUCGGCGACCAAGGACUGUCUCAGAUCGACUCGCGAUUCCCUUUCAUCAAGGAGGACACCGAGAAGCUCCGGGGCACCAUCUACGACAACGCCACCUAUCCCGUGCGCCUCGUGGGCGAUGUCAAGUCCCACGUAUUCGACACCUACGGCUCCGAGUACAAGAAGUGUGGCGGCGACGGUGUGGUGGCCAGCGGCAAGGCGCUGAUCACGACCAGCUUGGUCCUGUCGCAGGAGUCACUAGGCCUCCUCAGCUCCUUGCUGCAGGCCAAGAAGGAGCAAGUGAAGGACGUGGUCAACGACAAGACCGAUAAGGCCAACAACUAG